AAGAGAUCCCGUCAUGCUUUGCCCGCUCGGAAUAUCAUGGCGGAUGGGUUUGAUUAUGAAUCGUAAAGGACCAGGAGGGUCUCGCCUUCCAGGCAAACGGAAAGGAGAUAAGCCUAAUAGAAUAGUGAGAAGGAAUAUUUCCAUUCACGGUAGAAAUUUCAGAAUAUUUGCCACACCACUGCUAGUUAUUUUCAUAUUUGUUCGAUCUCUAGCGUAUCAGUUUUUCUUAGCGAUUAUUUUGGUAGCCCAGUACAGCAGACGAAUCGUCACUGGCUCGCGACAUCAACUCCGCGGAAUCGAAGCUUGUCCAGCCACCCCCAUCACAACCAUGUCUAACAAUUCAAGAGGCAAAACUACACUUGGACCAGGAGAACCUGCGUUGGCUACUCAGAAAAAACACCACAGAAAGGCAUUUGAAUAUAUUUCAAAAGCUCUAAAGAUUGAUGAAGAGGAUGGAGCUCGAAAAGACAUUGCAAUGGAGCUCUACAAGAAAGGAAUUUCAGAAUUGGAGAAAGGAAUUGCUGUUGAUGUUUGUGGUCAAGGUGAAACAUAUGACAGAGCAAGGAGAUUGAAAGACAAGAUGCAGACAAACCUUGUGAUGGUUAAAGAUAGGCUAGAUAUUCUUGAAAAACAAGCAGAGUCAAUGAAUUUCGAUGAGAAAACACAGGAUAAAGCCGCAGCAUCAGACACAGAGGCAUCUUCUCUAGGGAGAUUAAGACUGGAGGAUAAGCCCUCUACUUCAAGAACAAAGGAUAGUUCGAAGCAUUCCUCCCAGUUCAGUAGGCCAUCAUCAGCCCUCAGUGGUACAAAGGCACCCUCAAGAUUUGUCAGUCAUAAUCAGACAGUCGCAUCCAAACCGCUAAGACACAAAGGAAUUCCAAUGACUGUGAACCGAGGUGGUGGUGGUACCAAUGCCACAUCACGGUUUGGAAGCAGCGGUAAAGAAAGAAAGUCCUCUACAUCGUCUUCCCCCGGGUCUUCCCCUAUUCCUGGUAGAAGAAGGCCAACACACUCACGACAGGCUUCACAACCAGAUAUACGCAGUUGUACAGGCCAGCGAGAUAUAUCGAACGUCAAAUUGAAAAAUGUCGACAAGAAACUGGCAGAUACCAUCCUGAGUGAAAUUGUGGACCAGGGACCUUCUGUAACGUUUUCUGACAUUGCCGGACAAGAUACAGCGAAACAGGCUUUGCAGGAAAUUGUGAUACUUCCAGCAUUUAGACCAGAGUUGUUUACUGGUCUCCGGGCACCUGCAAGAGGGCUGUUGCUGUUUGGGCCACCCGGAAAUGGCAAGACAUUAUUGGCUAAAGCUGUUGCCAAUGAGUCAAAGUCGGUCUUCUUCAACAUUAGUGCAUCAAGCCUGACAUCAAAAUGGGUCGGUGAGGGAGAAAAACUUGUGAGGACAUUGUUUACAGCAGCGAGACAACUGCAGCCUUCCAUUAUAUUUAUUGAUGAAAUAGACUCCUUGUUGUGUGAACGAAGAGAAGGAGAAAAUGAUGCAAGUAGGAGACUUAAAACAGAGUUCCUUGUACAGUUUGAUGGGGUGGCAAGCAGUGCUGAGGACAAAAUACUUGUGAUGGGUGCCACAAACAGGCCUCAGGAACUUGAUGAUGCUGUGCUUAGACGGUUUCCCAAGCGUGUGUAUGUGAUGAUGCCAGACUGCCCCACCAGGAGGGCAAUGCUUUCUCAUCUGCUUUCCAAACAUGGGAAUCCCCUGUCUCAAAAGGAACUUGAUGGCCUUGCCAAACACACCGAGGGUUAUUCUGGCAGUGACUUAAAUGCCUUGGCUAAAGAUGCUGCUUUGGGACCUAUACGAGAGCUGAGUGUCACUGAAGUGAAGGAGAUGGAUGCAAACAGG